UUUAUAAUUACCCUGUGAUGAAUUUUUUCUGUCCUUUUGUAGAUAGACCAUGAGAGAUCCUUUUGCAGACCAUGACUGUUCUUAUGGUUCAGUCUUAACUCAUGCGUUUUUGUAACAAUCCUGUCUUUUCGUCGUUUGAAAUCCUAAUGAUUUUUUGUUUAAUUUUAUAUUUUUCGGGUCUCUGUGUGGACUAAUGAUGGUAAUAUUGGAUAAUCGAGGCAGUUGAGAUUGAUGUCGACCCUCUCUGCCGGAAUCAUGGCCCAUCCUCCGCAGCCGCAGUUAUCAGUUGUAAAAUUAUUUACCGCGCUGUUAACACGGGGUGGAAAAAAUCUCCAGCCUUUUAGAUAAACUACGAAAGUUUGAAAAAGUGGUACUAAGUCCGAAAAGGUCUUAUUUACAACUUAAAAUAAUUGCUGGAAGUGGAUCGCGGUCGGUGGUCGGUGGACUUAGACUAUUCGAUACCUCAUCCCGCUUCUCUCUCUGCUCCAAAAGUGUAGAAUCGAUAUUUUUGCGGGUUAGGAGUCGUGAUAUUCAUAAAUGACAACAAAAGUAGUUGAUAGUUUGCCUCUGGUUAUUACGAUUCUAAUAAAUUCGAUUUCAGUCUGAUUUUCUCAAUUUCCUGUCCGACGCCGCCUGGAUUGAAACUGAAGAGACCCUCAGCCGUUCUGGUAAUAUGAAGAGGAGGAAUGGCGAGUGCCCGAAGCUCCGAAGGCCUAUAAAAAGGAACAAAAUAACAGAUGGUAUUUACGGAAGUACUAUUGUGUACCUGAAGUUUUUCCUAUUAUGGGCUUUUGUCCUACUAGCAGACUUCCUCCUUGAGUUCCGUUUCGAGUUCCUUUGGCCUUUCUGGCUCCUUGUACGCAGCGUUCACGACUCGUACAAAUAUCAAGGAUUGGCAUUUUCAGUCUUCUUUAUGUCGAUUGCAGUCACUUCAGAUAUGAUCUGUUACUUUUUUAUCCCAGUCCAGUGGCUCUUCUUUGCAGCGAGCACAUAUGUCUGGGUUCAGUAUGUUUGGCAUACUGAAAAAGGCAUAUGCCUACCAACAGUAAUGCUGUGGCUGUUAUUUGCUUACAUGGAGGCUGCAGUUCGCCUCAAAGACCUUCGGCAUAUGCCAUUUCACCUCGAUCUGUGUAGGCCAUUCGCUGCACACUGUAUUGGCUACCCAGUUGUAACAUUGGGGUUUGGCUUUAAAAGCUAUGUAAGCUUUAGAAUCAGACAGCGGAGACAAAGAGAUGUUAGAAAGGAGAACAGUUUCUAUAUGAAUCUCCUUCAACAAGCAUUGCCUGUAGAAGGCACGUCUUCCUCACAACAGGGAACACCACCUGAAAAAACAAAAGGUGCUGAAAGUAAUGGUGUCGGUCACCAUGGGAUGUCAACUUCCCAAAACUGUGGGAGUAAAUCUUCACACAGAAAAUCUCUUGACAAAGGAGCUGCUGAGCCAUACACAAACGGUUCUAUAACACACAAUGUCGAAUACACAGAAAAAAUCAAGACAAAUGGGUCUUGCCGAGGGUCAAACAAACAGAGCAAUUCUGGCGGAGGGGGCCUCAAAAUGCUUUGCUUCAGGAGUAGAGACUCUGGCAGCUCAGCACCCCCGGUUACAGACGAAGAGAAUGUCAAUCAGUCACAAACGUCGAGCUCGCAAAUGAGCAAUAACACGACCAGUAAAGGAGGUGGGAAAGGUGGAAAAGGCAAUUCGAAAGGAAGCAAAGGAUCAGCACCUCCGAAAGAAAACGACACACCACAUAAAGAUGAAUAUUGUCUUAAGUUAGAGUCUGAAGUGAAACGCCUAAAAGGGGAACUUCAGUCGAGCAAACAGAAUGAGUCAGAUCUCAAAUCUCAGCUGAGCAGCACAUAUUCAGCGGAAAAAGCUGCUCGUGCGGAAGUUCUCACACUAAGGCACCACAACGAGGAAUUGGAGUCAAAGUUGCAAAACAUGGUGUCUACGAGAGCGAAUGAACGACAGAAUAUCGUGUCCCUUGAAAAGAGGCUGGCGGAAGAGCGGAGGCUACGUUGCACAGCUGAGUCACAACUUGCACAGGACAGGAAGGCAAAGCGUGACGCUCAGCGUGAAUGUUCUUCCGAGGCAUGUCGACAGAGGCGGAGGGACCUUGAAGGCGAAGUCAAGUCUAUACGAAGGGAUCUCAAGCUCAAAGAGGAAAUCUGUGCAAGUGCAGAUCGUGAGCUAAAAAGUCUUUUGCAGUACAAAGAAAGUCAGACUGGAGCUGAUGUGCUAUUGAACGCUGUUUCGGUGCUGCAAGAUAAAAAUUUGCAUCUUGAGAAUUCUCUAAGUGCAGAGACAAGAAUAAAGCUGGACCUUUUUUCUGCUUUGGGCGAAGCCAAGAGACACUUGGAGAUAAAAGACAGUCUGAUAAGAAGUCAGGAGAGAGAGAUAGAAGAACUGAAAUCGAAAAUGGCACAGGUGCUUGCAGUGAUGCCUACAGCAGAUUUCCUUGUCCAUGCCCCUUCUGCAGUGGGGAGCAGGAGCAUCAUGGGUGGCGGUACCAAGCUAAGAGGCUUGGUAGUCUCACAGAACAGUACCAUGCCUGCACAAUCUUCGAUCAUGGCUUCUUCCGCAUCUAACCUGGAUCCAAAUGCGACAGUCUAUACGCCUAAGCAGGGCCAUCUCACUACAGAAGCAUAGUUCUUUCUCCUUGACCCAUCCCUCCGUUUACUAACAAAUACACAAAGGGAAGAAAGGUGUGCAGUGAUUUUUCUUUCAUCUAAAAUACACUUCAGUUCAGAGAAAGUUCUCAAAAAGUGAAUAUUUAACCAAGGCCAAAUGUUGCCAGGAUUAUCUAUAUUUUGUUUGAUUUUUAAUUUUCUUUCCCACUACACAAAGAAACGCACUAAAUUAUUUUUCUUUCUUUUUUU